AAUAACUUUUUUUGCCAAGUACAUAAUAAGAGUACUGUAUAGCCAUAUGGAUGCCUAAAUGUUUAUUUUUUUAUUGCGUAUUGAUUAUUUAUUUAUUAAGUGAAAAUAAUUAAACAAACAGGCCCAAAACAUGAUACUUCCACCACCAUGUUUCACAGAUGGUAUAGGUUUUUAUGCUGGAAUUUUCUAGGAUUUUCCUUUCUCCAUAUAUAACACUAUUUUGAUCUCAUCUAUCGACAAACUAUUAUUAAUAUUACACAUUUCACAUUUCAAGCAUUACACAUCCCUACUAUGAACUGUGUGCAUGUGGGUCACAUGAUGACAGUAGAGGAAGGAAGUUGUAACAGUUAAUUUGCAUAUCGCUUCAUGCUUUCUGCCAGUCUAACGUGUAGGAAUGAAUGAGGAGAGCGGUUCCUCUGUGUGUUUCUGCUCCUAUUAUGUUACGCAUGUCAGCAGUAAUUCUCCCGGAGCCGAGUCUGAAGCUGAAGGUCGAGCCGAGUCUGAAGCUGAAGGUCAUUCACGUAUAUGCAAAUGCAGCCCCUCGGCGGGCGUUUGGCAGUGGAGUGGCACUGCGGCAGCACAGGUGAUGACCGGAGCUUUUCCCCCAGCCUGGAUCCGGAGUCUGAGGAGUUUCUGUUACAGAACAGCGGAGUAAUGAUGUAACAGAGCGCAGGCUGAAGAGCGGGUACUCCGGCACCGGGCAGCAGUGGGGCUAGCCGGCCAUGGAGCCUCUGAGCCUGGUGGUCCUGCUUGUUCCACUGGGCAGCUUUGUGUCCUCCCAGUGGCUGUUUCACAGAGGGAGCUCCUGGCUAUCCGAGCGGCUCACUCCAGCCUUCAUCAUGCUGAAUUACACUCAGCGCACACAGUGGAACUCCAGGGUUCCAUCCACUAUUCACGCCUUGGUGGUGGGACUGCUGUGUCUCUACAUACUGCUGUUUGAUGAAGCUACCAGGAGAGACCCAGUCUGGGGCGACCCAACGCUGGUAAAACUGAACGUGGGCAUAACCUCAGGCUACCUCAUCUCAGAUCUGCUGCUGAUGGUCUUUUACUGGAACAUCAUUGGGGAGAAGUUCUUUGUCAUUCAUCACCUGGCUGCUCUUUAUGCCUAUUACUAUGUUCUGAGUCAGGGAUUGUUGCCCUACUUUGCAAAUUUCCGCCUGCUCUCCGAGUUAUCCACCCCGUUUGUGAACCAGCGAUGGUUUUUUCACGUGCUGGGCUACCACAAGUAUUCCAAGCCCUGCCUCUUCAAUGGCGUAGCCAUGGCCUUAUCCUUUUUCGUGGUGAGGAUCGCAGUCAUUCCGUUCUAUUACCGCGAUGUGUACUCUGUGUACGGGACCGAAGCUUUCUAUAGGCUCCCGCUGGGGGCCCGCAGUGCCUGGAUCCUCUGCAGCCUCUGCCUGGACGUCAUGAACAUCUUAUGGAUGCGCAAGAUCCUCCGGGGCUGCCUCAAAGUGCUACGCUCCAGCAGAAGCCAAAAAGCAACAAGGGAAGUGGAGAGCAAAAAGAUGGACUGAGAGAACGAGAGAGUGUGUGUCCAUCUUUCCCAUUUCAGACUGUUUUAUAAAAUUACUGUAUGCAAACCAAUGAGCCAAAAUAUUAAACGAUCAAUAGAAUAUACCUGA